AUGUCGUCCGCAUCAGACCACGCCGUUCUCCGGACCCAAGCGGCGGUGAUCCGCGGGCCCAACAACGUUAAAGUGGAGGACAUCCUCCUCGACCCUCCCGCGGCCAACGAGCUGCUCGUCAAGAUUGAGCGUGUCGGUCUGUGUCGCUCCGACUGGCACGCGCUCGUGGGCGACACGAAAAUCGCAAUGCCCAGCAUUCUCGGCCACGAGGCGUCGGGCGUCGUCGAAUCCAUCGGGCCCGGCAUCCAGGACAUUGGCGUUGGCGACCACGUGUCCAUCUGCUGGCACCCGCACUGUGGAGAGUGCACGUACUGCUCCAACGGCGAGCACAGUCUGUGUCUCGAGGGCUCACGUAUCCCGCUCGGCCCGCAGAUGGACGGCACGUUCCGCCGCCAUACGCCGUCGGGGGAGGCGAUUGGCGCCUUUUGCAUGACUGGCGCGUUUGCAAAGCACACGGUCGUCCACCGCGCCAGCGUCAUCAAGGUCGACAGCAGCGUGCCGUUUGACAUUGCCGCGCUGUGUUCGUGCUGCGUGCCGGCCGGCUAUGGCGCUGCGACAUCACUCGCCCGCGAGCGCCGGCUAGGCGAGUCCGACGCGGUCCUUGUAAUCGGUACCGGCGGCGACGGUAUCAACAUUGUGCAAGGCUUGCGAGCUGCGGGCAUCGGCGCCAUCAUUGCCGCCGACGCGUCGCCGCUCAAACGCGAGCUUGCGCCGCGGUUCGGUGCCACGCACGUUAUCGACUGGACGGAGCCCGGCGCCGCCGACAAGGUCCGCCGCAUCACCAACGGCCUCGGCGUGCGCGCACUGUUCCUCGCCACACCCGCCGUUGUCCUCGACGACGCGACCCUCGCGCUCGUCGCCAGCGGCGGAGACGUGGUCGUCACCGCCCUCAGUAGGCAGCCCCAGCCCUCUGCUGCAUUCGCGUUCGCCCCACUCGUCCGCAGGCACAUUCGCAUGUCGUUUGUUGGGUACGGCGGCAGGUCGAUGCGCGAUACCGUCCCCGAGGCCAUUGAGGCGGCCAUGCGCGGCUCCAUCGACGUGGCCGGCCUCAUUACCAAGCGGUACAAGCUGGACGAUAUUCUGCAGGGAUACAAGGACCUGGACGACGGCAAGAUUCUGAGAGGCAUGGUGCACCCGUGGGACUAG